GUCUCCGUGGACUGUGGUCUAUGCAGUUCGGCUCCCCACAAAGAAACCGCUCUGACGCGGCUCUGCCAGUGCGCGAUGAUCUCGCCCCUCCUCCCCACUCCAUCUCCACGGCCCUAGCACGCCGCACGCUGCCGCCUCCUCGUCGCCGCCGCCGCCGCCGCCGGUCCGUCGCCUCACAGGAUUCCCAUCCGCCCGCAACUUCAUCUAGGGUUUCAACAUGGUUGAGCUUGCCCAAAGCUACCAUGAGCUGGAGAAGUGUACAAAAGAUAUUCUCUCUGUAAUCAAGCCGACAGAGGACGAUCGGAAAAAACGACUGCUUGCGAUUCAGGAGAUUGUGAAUUCCGUCCAUUUAGUCGGUUACUUGGGAGAUGCUGCUGUCAAACCUUUUGGAUCCUUUGUAUCAAAUCUGUACGCAAAAUCAGGUGAUUUGGACGUAUCAGUUGAGCUGCCAAAUAAGUAUGGCUUCCCUACAAGCAAGGAAACGAACCAGGAUGUCUUACACAAACUAAUGAUGGCAUUACAAAUUGAAGGUGUUGCUAGAGAUGUGAACUUCAUUCCUACUGCAAGAGUUCCAGUUCUUCAGUAUGUGAGCAAUCACUUUGGCAUUUCCUGUGAUAUAUCCAUUGAUAACUACCCUGGUCAAAUUAAAUCCAAAGUGUUGUACUGGAUCAAUACUAUAGAUGAGCGAUUUGGUGAUAUGGUUUUAUUGGUCAAGGAAUGGGCAAAAUCUCAAAACAUUAAUGAUCCAAAAAAUGGAAGCCUGAACUCCUAUUCGCUUUGCUUACUUGUUCUUUUUCAUUUUCAGACAUGCAAGCCUGCAAUUUUACCACCAAUGAAGGAGAUUUAUGAUGUCAGCAUUACAGAAGGUAGUGGGCGUUUUAAUGAAAAAAGCCUUGACCAGAUCUGUGUGGAAAAUAUAGCAAAAUUUCGACGCCAGAACAUAGGUCAAAGAAAUCAGAGCUCUCUGUCUUAUCUCCUUGCAAGUUUUUUUGAGAAGUUUUGCCAUAUUGGUACCUAUUCCAGUGACCAUCUUAUAUCCACUUACACGGGUGAGAUGAAGCGCAACCUAUAUUGGAUGGCAAGAUCCUACUGCUUAUUUGUUGAAGAUCCAUUUCAAAGACAUGAGAAUGCAGCUAGAACAGUUGAUAUGCUGGAGCUUCAUCGUAUUUCCAGAGCCUUUACACGUGCUAAAGAUAUGGUCUCCUCUGACAGGGGCUCUGACCGUAAUGAAUUACUUUCACUGCUGUGUACACCUGAAGUUGGUUCAAAACUGGGUGCAAGAGCCACGGCUGACCGUUACACAAAUCCUGCAAUGAGUCCUCAGCAGCACAGAUUCACAGAACUGAUGGAAUAUUUGACAGCCGAUCUGCACUCUAAUCGGUAUGACCAGAGAGCCAGAGGAUCCACAGGAAGCAGACCAGUUCGUUCACGCAGGCAAGCAGCUAAACCGUACCAGAGUCAGCAGCUGAACUGUCCCCAAAUGUAGUCCCCAGCCGACUGAUGUGUACUUAAGCCCGUGGUUAUAUGGUUCUGGGAUCAAAAAAAUUGUACUGAGAACCUUCCUGGAAAAUCCCCUCCAUGCAUGCGCUGUCAAAGACAAAAAAGGAGGUGAUCAAAACCAAAGCUUAUCUCUUGUCUGUCAGGUCUUUGCUUUGUUCUGUUUGUAGUAGUACCAUGUAAUCAUGCACUUCUGCUGUAGCGUGCACGGCAGAAUGAGGAUUAUCUUAUCUUUUGUGUCA